AUGUCCCUCAUCCGCCGCCUAUUCCUCGGAACUCCGACGCCAUCCCCCUCCCCCUCUAUUCCAGCAACCCGUUCUUCCUCCCCCUUCAAAGGCGAAGAAGUGCGUCUCGCGCCCGUAGUUCGAGUCCUCACGUAUAAAGAACGAAAACAUAGAAAACGACGCAAUACAUUUAUAUUUUUCCUCGGUGGACUUUUUGGCUUGGUGAUUGCGGGGUUCUUCGCGGGCAAGAAUGAUUUACUCGAGUUACCGGAAAUGUUGGAGGGGAUUACUAUGGAUAGUCUGAUGGACGUGUUGCCGGCGGGAUUUAAGGGAGAACGGGAAGCCGUGAAUUAUGAUUCGUUCUCUGUGGGUUUACAUCUCAAGUCGCAGGGAAUUCUUGCGCAUCAUCCAGUUAUUAUGGUUCCAGGUGUUAUCUCGACGGGGUUGGAAUCUUGGGGUACGACUAAUGCUUCACGGCCUUAUUUUCGCAAAAGAUUGUGGGGAAGUUGGAGUAUGAUGAGAGCUUUGGUUGCCGACAAAGAAGGGUGGAAAAGACAUAUCAUGUUAGACAAACGUACUGGACUGGAUCCUCCCGGAAUCAAAUUGAGAGCUGCGCAAGGAUUUGACGCUGCCGAUUUCUUCAUAACAGGAUAUUGGAUUUGGAGUAAAAUACUGGAGAACUUGGCGACGAUUGGCUACGAUCCUACGAAUAGUUACACGGCGGCUUAUGAUUGGAGAUUGUCGUACGCGAAUUUGGAGGUGAGAGAUCAAUACUUCACAAGAUUGAAGACGCAUAUCGAAUUGGCGAGUAAGAUUUCAAAUAAAAAGGUGGUCUUGGUUUCGCAUUCUAUGGGUGGUCAAGUGCUGUUCUAUUUUAUGCAUUGGGUAGCAUCUUCGAGUGGCGGAAACGGUGGAGAUGAUUGGGUUGAUAAAUAUGUUGAUUCUUGGAUCAAUAUUAGUGGAUGCAUGCUUGGAGCUCUCAAGGGAUUGCCUGCUGUGCUAUCAGGAGAGAUGAAAGAUACCGCACAACUAAAUGCAUUUGCAGUUUAUGGCCUCGAAAAAUUCCUUAAUAAAGAAGAACGAGCUGAGCUCUUUCGAGCCAUGCCAGGAAUCUCUUCCAUGCUCCCAAUUGGAGGCGAUGCUGUUUGGGGUAAUGCAACUUGGGCACCAGAUGAUACCCCAGGUCAGGAAGUCAGCUAUGGACAAUUUUUGAAUUUCAAAAACCAAAACACAUCAACGGGGUAUCGAAAUCUUACGGUAUCGCAAUCUCUAGACUAUCUAUUUAAUACCACAGAAGAUUGGUAUCGUAAGGCAGUCAAGGGCAGCUAUUCGCAUGGUGUAGCUCAUACUACAGCUGAAGUGGAAGCAAAUGAAAAGGAUCCAAAGAAAUGGAUCAACCCACUUGAAACGAGAUUACCUCUUGCGCCAAAUCUGAAGAUUUAUUGUUUCUAUGGUAUGUUCUUCUAUCUCCAAAACUUUUCUUUUACCAAUGCUAAUAUUCAACAGGUAUCGGUUAAACCAACCGAACGUGCUUAUUUCUAUCGCCACUCGGAUAAUCCCCUUUCGUCCCUCAAUAUCACAAUCGACACCGGUCUAUCCCAAGCUAACAUAGACCACGGCGUGAUUCUUGGAGAAGGUGAUGGAACCGUCAAUUUACUCAGUGUCGGUUACAUGUGUAAUCGUGGUUGGAAAUACCAUCGCUAUAAUCCAGCAGGUAUAAAAAUUAAGACCUACGAAAUGCCUCACGAACCAGAUCGUUUUAGUCCUCGUGGAGGUCCAAAUACUGGAGAUCAUGUGGAUAUUCUGGGGAGACAAAGCUUGAAUGAUUUGAUUUUGAGAGUAGCGGCAGGUAGGGGCGAGGAAAUUGAGGAAAUGGUUGUCAGUAGGAUUGCGGAGUAUGCGGCGAAUGUAGAGAUUGGGGAAGAGGAGGCGUAUAAAGUUAAAGGGGAAGAAGAUGAUGGUAAAGAGGAGGAGAAGAGGAGAGGGAGAGUCAGGGACAAGGUUGAAGAGAAAGCGGAAGAGGUGUUUGAGACAUUGGAGAGGAUUGUGGCGGGGAAGGAUGGGGAUAAGAAGGGAAAUAAAGAUGAAUUGUGA